AUGGCAGCAAAGUGUGGUCUUUCCGCACCAUCCUUCUUGGCUCAUCGACCCCUCUGCCGCAAGAGACUUGCUCCAUGCCUGCCAUCGCCCAGAGCCGUUGCUCUGAGAGUGCGUGCUGCAAAGCUUCCUCCAGGGGUUGAAGUGCCCAGGGUGCAGCCCAAGCUGAGCGAGCCCUUCUUGGGGUUCACCCAGACUGCCGAGAUCUGA